AUUGCCAACCCUAAGCCUCGUCUUUGAUCUUAAUUUCACCCCCCCGGUUCGAUCGCUCUCCCCUUAAUCGCGAACCCCGGUUGUUCUCGAUCGAUUCUGGUGAGUUGUGGAACUCGGAAUCGAUGGUUGGUGUGCAGCGCAGAGUCGAGGGGAGGAGGCACAACGACUUGUCAUUUUUCGCUCUUUCAGAAAAAUAACAAUGUAUUUUCGUUCAAGUAUCUUUUCCUGCUUCCUAAUCGUUCGCUCAUUUUUUUCGUCCGAUGGCGGAGAUCCGGAUCUGUUUCUUUGACCACUUUUUGAUGGAGUUCGUCAUGUGUUUUCCGCUUCUAAUGAUUUUUUUUUUAUGACGUGUGUAGCAGUCGAGCUCUCAAAUUUUAUCAUCUCUAGUGGAAAUAGAGAGAGAGAAGAAAAAAAAUGAACUUUUUUUAUCUUUGCGUAUAAGGUAAUGCGAUGGAAGGUGAUGCAAAUGACUUCUUACGGGUAGAUAUCGUGGGAAUAUAGUUCGAUUAAAGACUGCUUUCCUUUUCCCUUGUGUAUUUGACUCCAGCUGAUCUCUGUGUUGUAGGAUUCGGUAGUUAUAUUAUCAAGAACUGAUCAGAGUAGAAAUAGUGUUCUAAAACCAUCCCUUUCCAGUAUUAACAGUUGAAAUCAUAAGCAGAAUAGCAUCGGGUUUCAUCUUCUGAAGCCUAUAUACGAUCCUUGUUGUAUGACUUCUCUGUUUGGAAUGGAUUCCUCCCAUGGCCUCGGAAUGCUGCAUCUUAUUGUCUAUUUCCAGACCCUCUAAUGGAAAGAGGUGCACAUGGAACUGGCAAAAAUUGCAUUUUUCGCUACUGCUUUGAAGAUGUAAUGCACAGGCAUUUGAAAAUGGCUUCCCUCUUAAAUUGGUGUUAACAUUCAGCAAGCAGACUCAAGAUUUGUUUAUUUUUUAAUUAGUGAUUUUUUUGUAAAUUUUGUAUAUUUUUUUUGCUUGGAGUAUCAGAUUCCUCACAUCAGUUAAAGCGGCGGUUUAAAUAUCACAGCAGUCAGUUUUUGAUUUGGGGUCUCAGAAAACAAGGUCUAGUUUUAUAGUUUCAGCUGAUAAAUUAAUGAAGAUGGCGAUGCAACCUGUGAGUGCGCUUUUCUUGUUUCUACCACUUCUAGCUUUUGGAAGUGCGGAUAUAUAUAUUGUGACUGUAGAAGGAGAGCCUGUAGUGAGUUACAAUGGUGGUGUUGAUGGAUUUUCAGCAACAGCUGUAGAUUUAGUGGAAAGGAUGGACAUAACCAGUGAGUCUGUUACAUCUUAUGCCCUUCACCUUGAGAAAAGGCAUGAUUCUCUUCUUGAUUCACUCUUUGAAGUUGGGACCUAUAAGAAGUUAUACAGCUAUCAUCAUCUUAUCAAUGGCUUUGCAAUUCACAUGUCUCCUGAACAGGCUGAAGUUCUCAGCAAGGCACCUGGGGUCAAAUAUGUGGAGAAAGACAUGAAAAUAAAGAAAUUAACCACACAUACUCCACAGUUUCUGGGACUACCAACAGAAGUUUGGCCAACAGGUGGUGGCUUUAACAGAGCAGGGGAAGACAUUGUGAUUGGUUUUGUGGAUUCAGGAAUUUAUCCAAAGCAUCCUAGCUUUUCUACACACAACACUGAGCCAUAUGGACCUCUUCCUCGUUACAGAGGAAAAUGCGAAGUUGAUUCAGAAACUAAGAGGGCAUUUUGCAAUGGUAAAAUAAUUGGAGCCCAGCAUUUUGCAAAAGCUGCAAUUGCUGCUGGUGCAUUUAACCCUUUAAUUGAUUUCUCAUCACCUCUGGAUGGCGACGGUCAUGGAAGUCAUACAGCUGCCAUAGCUGCUGGAAACAAUGGGAUUCCUGUUAGAAUGCAUGGACAUGAGUUUGGAAAAGCGAGUGGCAUGGCUCCACGUGCCAGGAUUGCUGUAUACAAGGUGCUCUAUAGGCUCUUUGGGGGAUAUGUUUCUGAUGUUGUUUCUGCCAUUGAGCAGGCUGUCCUUGAUGGUGUUGAUGUUCUUAAUCUUUCAGUAGGACCAAACAGUCCGCCAACAACUACCAAAGCCACAUUUUUAAAUCCUUUUGAUGCUGCACUUCUUUCUGCUGUCAAAGCUGGAGUUUUCGUGGCACAGGCUGCUGGAAAUGGGGGUCCAUUCCCUAAAACCUUGGUGUCUUUCAGUCCAUGGAUUACAACCGUUGCUGCUGCUAUUGAUGAUCGUAGAUACAAGAAUCAUUUGACCCUGGGAAAUGGAAAAAAAUUACCGGGGCUCGGAUUGUCACAAAGUUACUUCCAUUUUCUAACUACAGCAGCUACACAUGGGAAUAAGUCAUUCAACCUGGUCUCUGCAAAUGAUGUGAUGCUAGAUUCAUCUUUGAUGACUUACAACCCAUUAGACUGCCAAAGGCCUGAGCUGUUGAAUAGGAAUAAGGUGGAGGGAAAUAUUCUACUGUGUGGAUUUUCUUUCAAUUUUAUUUCUGGCACUGCAUCAAUCAAAAAGGUGUCUGAAACAGCAAAAAGUCUUGGUGCAGCAGGCUUUAUUGUAGCAGUGGAGAACACCUAUCCAGGCACCAAAUUUGAUCCUGUCCCUGUUGAUACUCCUGGGAUCCUCAUUGCAGAUGUCAGCAAGACGAAGGAACUUAUUGACUAUUACAAUUGUUCAACUAAAAGAGAUUGGGCUGGUCGACCAAUAAGUUUCCAGGCAACAGCCAGCAUUGCUGAUGGUUUGGCACCAAUACUGCAUAAAUCAGCUCCUCAGGUGGCACUAUUCUCUUCACGAGGACCAGAUGUUAAGGAUUUCAGCUUUCAAGAUGCUGAUGUCCUUAAACCUGAUAUAUUAGCUCCAGGCGAUCUAAUUUGGGCAGCUUGGGCACCAAAUGGAACAGAUGAGGCUAAUUACAUAGGAGAAGGCUUUGCUAUGGUUUCUGGAACCAGUAUGGCUGCUCCACACAUUUCUGGAAUUGCAGCCCUCAUAAGGCAAAAGAAUCCUCAGUGGAGCCCAAGUGCUAUCAAGUCAGCCUUGAUGACAACAGCCAGUACUUUGGAUCGGCGUGACAGACCUAUUCUAGCACAGCAAUAUUCUGAAAAUGGGGUCACGACAUUGGUGCAGGCUACACCAUUUGAUUAUGGCAGUGGUGCAGUUGAUCCGAAAGCUGCUCUGGAUCCUGGACUCAUUCUGGAUUCAACUUACGGAGACUACGUCAAGUUCUUGUGUUCAGUGCCAGAUCUGGAUCCUGGCGAAAUUCUGAACAUCACCAGCUCGGCUUGCAACAAGACCAAGGGUCAUCCUUCCGAUCUAAAUACCCCGUCGAUCACCAUCUCCCGUCUUGCAGGGACUCAAAGCGUGAAAAGAACGGUGACUAAUGUAGCUGAUUCAGAAACUUACAUCAUUACUACUAGAAUGUCACCCGAAAUCGCUCUAGAAGCCAGUCCUCCAGCAAUGACUGUGCUGUCAGGAGCAUCCCAUGAGAUAACCGUGACUUUGACUGUCAGAUCGGUGACUGGUGGAUACAGCUUCGGUGAGAUUCUUCUGAAAGGUGAUAGAGGGCACAAGGUGAGGAUCCCAGUGGUAGCAAUGGGCUUCAGUAGCUAGUUGGUGCAAUGGUUUUGAGUUCUUUCGUCUUUAUCCUAAAGCUUGAUAUUAUUCUUUGUAGAUGAUCUAUCAAAACCUAAAUUGCUUUGGAAUUGUAUGCCUGGUGAGGCAAUGUAAAUCCUAUAAUGCCUGAGUCUUGCUAGUUUCUACCAUGCGCCAAGGUUGUAAUGAAGAGCUCAUAGUGGUCGUUGUAUAAUUUGCUUAGUAUAGUAUCAUUAAGAUCAAGUGCAUGUUUGUUACCUUAGAGAAUGCAGGUUUUACUCUAUUUCAUGAA